AUGUCCAUCCCGAUCCUCGAUCCAAAUGCCGAAAAGCGUCUAUUGCUGAAGCUGGACACUUACUUCGUCCCCAUCAUCAUGCUGGUCUAUUUGACAUGCUUCCUCGACCGCAGCAACAUCGGAAACGUCAAGGUCGCCGGCAUGCCUGAAGAUAUCGGCGCCAGCCCAAAAGAGUUCUCGACGGCGGUUUCCAUCUUUUAUGCGACUUAUGUGGUUUUUGAGGCCCCGUGGAGUAUUUUGAUGAAGCGGAUAACGCCGCGAGUUCUGCUCACCGGCCUUUGCACCGUUUGGUCCCUGGCAACGAUAUUCUCGGGCUUUAUCCAUAACGUGGGAGGUCUGUUUGCCGUGCGGCUUAUCCUGGGCGGCUGCGAAGCUGGACUGUUCCCUGCGCUCAACUUGUAUCUCACAAUGGUAUACAAGCGUCACGAGCAGGGAAUGAGAGUAUCAUACCUCUUUGUAUGCACGGCAAUCUCUGGCGCAUUCGGAGGCUUGCUUGCGUACUGUAUCCUCAAGAUGGACGGCAUCGGCGGCUUUGCGGGUUGGAGGUGGGUAUUCAUCAUUGAAGGCAUUUGCAGCUUUCUCAUUGCGCCGGUCAUUUGGUUUGCCUUGCCGAAUAACCCGACCGAAGCUUGGUUCCUCACGGAAGAAGAGAAGGCGAUGAUGAAGGUUCGUGAGGCGCAGCGGGCGCAUUAUAUGGGCAGCGAAGAAUUUGACGCAAAGGAGAUUCGAAUUGCUCUAAAGGACCCAAAGUUGUACCUCAGUGGUGCCAUACAAUUCUGCCAGGACAUCCUCCUAUACGGCUUCUCCACCUUCCUGCCUUCGAUUCUAGUCAACAUGGGAUAUUCUUCUAUCCAGGCACAAUACCUCAGUAUCCCGGUAUACAUCUUUGGCGGAAUCUGCUUCAUAGCCUUCGCGUACGUAUCUGACCGCACUUGCGUUCGAGGACCGCUUCUCUUCCUCGCCAACGUCCCAGGCAUCGUGGGCUACAUCCUCAUACUCUGCCCUACGCCCAACGGCGUCAAGUUCUUUGGCACGUUUCUCUGCGCCAUUGCCGUGUACAACGGCCCCGGACUGAACAUGACGUGGCUCAAUGUCAAUUUCGCGCCGCAUUACCGACGCGCGACGGCAAUUGGCGUGCAGCAGAGUAUCGGAAACACGGCUGGCAUUGUUGCUGGCCAAAUCUAUAGGACAGCGCCAUAUGUCCUGGGGAAUGCCUUUUCUGUCGGAGCUUUGGGCGUGGUGCAGCUGAUUAUCACUACGAACUGGCUUUACUUGAGACACCUCAAUAGCGAGAAGAAGAAGAUUGAGAGUGGAGAAAAGGAGGAUACGCGAAAGGUCAAAGAUGGUGAUAGAGCCACAGACUUUAAAUAUCAUCUUUAACCACGUUAUAUUAGCUUAUAUCUUUGAUUCGUCUCAUUCCUAGUUCAACAUCCUCUGUUACUUUCCGCGCUGAAUAGAUGAUACAUAUAUAGUAACUAUAGAAGCUACGAAUAUCAUUGAUUUGUGGAUUUGCCUCC